UGACGUGCUGUGGUGGUCGCUGGAGCCGUGUUAGCCGUGGGUGUGUCGUGGUGACAGGUGCAGCCCCUGCUGCAACAUCCUGCAGGAGGGUCAUGGCUGCUGCAGGCACUGUACUGCCCUUCGUCCGGGGCAUAGACUUGACCAGAAAUGACUUCAAGAACACUGGCAUUCCUCGGAGCAUUAAGGAGAUGUCAAGUCUCCGUUGGCUUCGAGCCAAUAACACCGGGAUAGACAUGGUGCCUGAAGAAAUUAGUAAACUACAAAAAUUGGAGCAUCUAUCUUUAAAAAACAAUAACAUAGAAAAACUUUAUGGUGCAAUAACAUCCUUGCCAUGCCUCCGUUCUCUUAAUGUCCGGCACAACAAGCUGAAGAAAUCUGGCAUUCCUAGUGAUCUUUUUGAGAUGGACGAUUUAACAACUUUAGAUUUCUCGCACAACAAUUUAAGUGAAAUUCCAGAAGGCUUAGAGGAGGCAAAGUCUCUCUUGGUGCUAAACCUCUCUGACAAUUGUAUUGAGGAAAUUCCAGCACAAGUGUUUGUGAACUGCACGGACCUCUUGUAUCUCGAUGUUGGUGACAAUCGUUUGGAAACUUUCCCACCCCAGAUACGGCGAUUGGUUCAUUUACAGACACUAGUCCUUAAUAACAAUCCAUUAACACAUUUUCAGUUCAGACAACUGCCAUCCUUAGUUGCCCUUCAAACACUGCAUAUGCGUGCCACACAGAGAUCCCCUUCCAAUCUUCCUGCAAGUUUGGAGGGUCUCACAAAUUUGGCAGAUGUUGAUCUGUCGCACAACAACCUUGCUAAGAUUCCAGAUUGCUUUUUUACGCUUGUUAACUUGAAGCGACUGAACAUGUCUGAUAAUGCCAUCACCGAAAUAGGCUCGGCUAUUGAAAACUGGACCAAAAUUGAGGUUUUGAAUAUGUGUCGUAAUGAACUCACUGCUUUGCCUUCACAAAUAUGUAAAUUAGAGAGUCUUCGCCGACUUAUGGUAAAUGAAAACAAGCUUGAUUUUGAAGGAAUUCCAUCGGGUAUUGGCAAAAUUGUUGGUUUAGAAGUUUUCUCAGCUGCUCACAACCGCCUCGAGAUGAUUCCAGAAGGACUGUGCAGAUGCCCCAACCUUAAGAAAUUGAUACUAAAUAGCAACCGCCUAGUGACAUUACCAGAAGCCAUCCACUUCAUCAGCGAAACUCUGGAUCAGUUGGAGCUCGCCGACAACCCAGAAAUGGUUUGGCCUCCAAAGCCUCGUGGGAUGGCUCAAGGUUCGGGUAUUGCCUUCUACAACAUUGACUUUUCCCUGCAAGCCCAGUUAAGAAAUGCUGGGGCCCAGGCUGCACAACUUGCUGCCACUCUGGCACAACAGCAAGGCACACCAAAAGACCCAAUUGCUCGAAAGAAGAGACUACGUCAGUUCCGCAAAGACCAAAAGGACCAACAAGAUGACAAGCAAGAAAAAAUCCUAAAGGGCAUGAAAGAGAUCGCUAAAGAUGAAGAGAAGCAGAAACAAAAAGACAAGAUGACUGAGGAACGCAGCCAGGAGGUUAAAACCCAGAAGCGUUGGGAUGAAGCUUUGGAACGCCCACCUCUUAACUAUCACGAGUUCUUUGACCCAGAUGUUGGUCGGAUUCCAGGACUCACCAUUUGGGAAAUCUGGAUAAAAAAGCAUGUUCGGCCAUCCAUGCUGUUAACCUGCGAAAUUACUUGGGAGCCCAAGGACGUACUCAUAGAGAGGAGCAGGCUGAUGAAUCUGACGAGUUCCUAGAGUUAUUUGACCAUGAUAUUACCUAUAUUGAAGGUGGUCGAACAGCCUCUGGGUUUUUCACUGUGGAGGAGAUGGAAUAUCCACUUCGUCUGUAUCGCAUCUUUCCAACUAACAUUGGCAUUCACUUGGAGACUGUGGCAUGUGUAGCCGAAUCCUUGGACCCUCGGCAUGUAUUUUUACUCGAUGAUGGUAAAGUCAUAUAUGUUUGGCAAGGGAGUAAAGCAAAGAAAACAUUAACCACCAAAACGAGGCUAAGUGCAGAAAAGAUGAACAAAGAAGAGCGAAAAAAUUUAGCUGAAAUUCAUACACUGGUUCAGGAUAAGGAGCAUAGUGAGUGGCCACAAUUUUGGGCAGCUCUUGGACUAGAAGAGGGUGAGGAGGAGGAUUUAGAGAUUGAAGAGCAUGUGGAUCCAAAAUUUACACCUGUUGUUCCAAGACUUUACCAAGUUGGACUUGGUAUGGGAUACCUUGAACUACCCCAAGUUGAUGUACCUGAAGGAAAAUUGGUUCAGAAAUUACUUAAAACAAAGAAUGUGUAUAUAUUGGAUUGUUUCUGUGAUGUCUUUGUUUGGAUUGGCCGUAAGUCAACUCGUUUAGUGAGAGCUGCUGCCCUGAAACUGUCACAAGAACUGUUGAAGAUGAUAAUUAGACCAGACCAUGCAGUAACUACUCUUGUUAAAGAAGGAACGGAGCCACAAGUUUUUAAAACAAAAUUCAAUGGUUGGACAGAUGUUAUUGAUGUUGACUUUACACGCACUGCAGAGUCUGUGAGAAAGACUGGGGCCAACUUAAAGGAUUGGGCCUCUAAACAAGAGACUAAGGUAGACCUGAGUGCCUUGUUCACACCUCGGCAACAGCCAAUGACCUUAGAAGAGGCACAGCAGUGUAUGGAUGAGUGGAAUGAUGACUUAGAUUCAAUGGAUGCCUUUGUUUUGGAGGGUAAGAAGUUUGUCAAACUUCCAGAAAAUGAACUUGGACACUUCCAUUCUUCUGAGUGUUAUGUGUUUCUAUGCCGUUAUUGGGUACCUGGAGAACCCCCAGAAGAUGAAAAAGAGGAGGAAGCAGAGCCAGAGGAUGACUUCCAGUGUGUUGUAUAUUUUUGGCAAGGACGACAAGCUUCCAAUAUGGGGUGGCUAACAUUCACCUUCAGUCUUCAGAAGAAAUUUGAAACCUUAUUUGGAGAUAAGCUUGAAGUGGUGAGGAUGCACCAGCAACAAGAAGCUGUCAAAUUUAUGGCUCAUUUCAAGAGAAAAUUUGUCAUACACUCGGGACGACGGAGACAAGAGAAGCAGCAAGUAAAACCAGAAGAAGAACCACAUGAAGGUGAUGCCAAAACAGUGAAACCCAAACCUAAGCCUAAACAAAGACCACCACCAGUGCCAGAGGAACCUCAGAAGCCUCAGCCCGAACUUUUCCAUAUGCGAUCUAAUGGCUCCCCACUCUUUACGCGCUGCAUAGAGAUAAAGCCAAAUGCAGCAUCUCUCAACUCUGAGUUUUGUUAUAUUCUCAAAGUUCCAUUUGGUCAGGAUGAUGACAGUGGUAUUGUAUACGUAUGGUUGGGUGAGAAAAGUGAUGAAGAGGAAGGAAGACUGGCAGAAGAAGUUGCACAAGAAAUGUAUGACCCAGAAAAAUACAGCCUCCAGGUUGUGAGAGAAGGAGAGGAACCGGAGAACUUCUUCUGGAUUGGUAUUGGUGGUCGUAAACCUUAUGAUAAGGAUGCAGCGUAUAUGCGCCACACAAGACUUUUCCGAUGUUCGAACGAAAAGGGAUACUUUGCCGUCUCUGAAAAAUGUUCUGAUUUUUGUCAAGAUGAUCUGGCUGAUGAUGACACAAUGAUUCUAGAUGAUGGCCAACAGGUCUUCCUCUGGUUGGGAUCAAAAGCAUCAGAUGUGGAGAUAAAAUUGGCCCUCAAAUCUGCUCAGGUUUAUGUUCAGAAUUUGAGAGUGAAGCAACCUGACCUUCCCCGGAAGUUACUGUGCACUUUUAAAGGUAAAGAAUCAAAGAGGUUCACUCGCUGCUUCCAUGGAUGGGGAGAGUUUAAAACGACAAGAGAAUGAGGUGGUCAGCGUGUUCAACAAAAAUACUUUUAAUAAGUAAAGUUAUUUUGUAGGAUAGAAAUAAGUUGUAGAAGCAACUUAUCAUUUUAAUGAUAUUGUAUCAGUGACAUCAACUGAUGUGCCUUUAUUUUAUGCAUUUCAAGUCUUCCCAAAAUAGGUGCUUGUCUUUUGCCAUAAUUUAAUUAAGUUCACCAAAAUUAUGAAUAUUAAUCAUGCUAUUGUCAUUUGAUGAGCAAGAGUUUAUUCCCUAGAGCUGAACACAAUAAUUAAGAUAAUACUUUAACUAGUUCUAUAACCUGGCUGAAGGCCUAAAUCCCAAUUAAAGAAAAAAAAAAAAUCUGCACACUUAUUCAUGCCUCUUUUUCACUAUUUAUUGGCCAUAUUAUGAAAGGCUCAACCAAUGGAAUUUGUAAUGAAACUGCAUCUUCUGAGUUAAUAGGUUUAUUUUUCACUCUGCUUCUAUUAGUUGUACAUACGAAUCACUAUGAUAUCAAGGCAGGGUAGAGUUUGUGGGUUGGUGGCUGAAGUAACUGGGGAGGGUUCGAGAAGGGUAGGACAAUUCCUCCUGAAUGUCAGGAGUAUUAAGGGUUAGGGGGAAGCCAUCAAUAAACUAGGAAUCUUGAGACUUCAUCCAAGUCAUCCUGGAUGACUAGCUUUCCACUAAUAUUUGAAUAGCUCCUUAUGAAAUACUAGUGUUACCUGACGAACCUGCAUCUGACAUGCACAUUUACUAAAAAUGUUCAUAGAAUGCUGUUUAAGUGCCUUCAGAUUAAGUUCUACUAAUUGGCUUACAGCUAACAGAAUACAAAGAACUUUGUACCUCUUAAAAUUCACCAAGAAACACAAGUAUUUGUCAAAGUACUACCCAUGAUCUUUAAUAUAACUAUUAUAAUCUUUUGGAUAAACCAAUCCACUAUCAUAGAAUAACACUACAACUGUGUAAAGUCUUUUCUUCCAAGAAUUAAGCUUGGCACCUCAGCCUGGUAUCACACUUGCCUGCCUGGUGAAAACACUACUAACAAGUACAAAAACAAUCUUAUCAGAUAUUUGAACCAACUACCAGCAGGUUGAAGCAUCACAAAGUUUGACAUCUUUCAAGUUGUAAGGAUAAAUCUCAUCUGCUCGGACCAGGCAUGACUGGCCAGAUAAGACUAUUUUCUAUAACAUAUUCAGUAUAUGAAGCUGGGUUGCACAUCCUCUCACUCCAGCAGCAUUGUAAUGUUAUUGCCUUGUCUAUAAGACUUUCACAGCAUAAUGAAGAAAGUAAAAAGCACACAUAAUCAAACACACCAUAUUUUCUUGAAACACUGGGGUUGCCAUUGCUUUUGAAUCCGUCUCUAUAAACAAAAACUAGAACAAGACAAGACCAUCUUACCAUUCAUUUAUAAGCAAGACAAAACUGGCUAGCAAUCAGGAGUUGCAAUACUUGACUACAUUUGGUAAGUGGCAUACCAAAAGCAUGAAGCAAAUAUGGAUAUCAUAGGUCUAAUUGUAAGAAACUGAAACUAACAGAACAGAUUAAGAAAAAAUUGUCAAAGAAUGGUACAGGCUAUACUAGUUCCUAUCACAGGACAAAAGAAACAAGAAAAACUGGAGUGUUUCUAAGAGGAUCAGUUUUCUUUUUUUUUUUAACAAAAGAUAACACUUGCGGAGCCUUUACAUUUAUAUAUUUUAAUAAGAUUCUUUGGUAACCAAUUUUGAAAGAAAAAAGUGCAUAAAUGGAACAAGUUUGUAUCCAAUAAGUUUUUAAUAAGUAAUUAUGUUGAGCUAAUUGCCGCAAACUUUUAUAAAUUGCCUCAUCUAUAGUAUAUAUUUUUAUAAGUCUCUACAGAACCUUUUGUCACUAAAGUAUUUCACCUAUAGACUCCAUUUGCACAGGAAGAAAAAUGACAAUAUAUAACGACAACUUUCUGUGGCAGUGUAAUAACCAAGCAACACCUGGAGUCAUCAUAGUUUGCAAUCUUCUCGUAUAUGAAUAUUAAAACUGUCACCUUUGCCCAAUUUAAUAAUUCUCAUCCCCAAGAAUUGAUUAAAAACAAUAAAGGUCAAAUUAAACAUUUUUGUUACAGUAAUGUUAAAUUUGUAAAUUAAAAAUUUGAAGGGUAUAGAAAUUCCUAUUAAACAAUACAUGUACAAAUACUGCCAUGGUAUUUGAUUGCUGCUUGUGAUGAUUCUCGGAUAUUCAUAUAAACUAUUGCCACCUGCCACAGGUGAGAAAAUAACCAGUAAUUAUAUUUACAUCAUUUUUUUCUGACUACGGCAUAAUCACGUGUUGUAUGUGAAUGCCACAAUAGAGGACUCUGACACUUUUAACAACUAAAGUAAGACCCUUCUUUGCCACGAUAAAGGGUGGAAUCAUUGUAACAUUUGGAGAUGACAAUUAAAAUAUAAAUAUUCCCCACAAUUAGGAGCUAACAUUUUGAUGUGACAUGUUAAUUCUGAAAAAAUCUAGAGUUCUACAUUUGUUCUGUUUAUGUACAAAAAAGAAAAGGAAGUGUUCCUUCUAACAUUUCUUUUUAUAUGACACUGUCCUUCUCCAUACAGAUAUAGCAUUAUAACCAUUUACACCACAUAUAGCCUCUCAGACAUUAAAGAAAAAUAAGGGAGUUUUGACACUAUACUACAUGUUUAUUACAAAGUUCUUAGGGAAACAUAACCUCUGCUUUCACAAGCAGAUCUAAUCACACUUGAUACUGUACAUAUAUGGCAGGGUUUCUCUACUCCCACACACUUCACUAAUGUACAUAAAAAUAAAAAUGAAAAAAAAAAUUCAACUUAUUUGUUGAAAAAUUAAUUCUCCAUGUUACCCACUUUAAUAAUCCCCCAAAGAAUAUUUAAAUUAAUCACACUAAUUCACAUCAUCUAAAAACUUGUACUGCACUAGACCAUUAAAAAAAAUUCAUUCGUUCCACUAUGACACUUGGUAGCGAGGCCAGACUCACUCGGAAAAGUAAUAAAGUACUGUACCAACAUUUAAUAUGGCUAUGUCCUAUUUUAUACCAUUCAUAUUAUCAUUUUACACAAUAAACACCUCAACUAAGUCAAUCAAAAAGUAAUCUGAUGUAGAUAAGAAGAAAAGCCAAGUAAUAUUGUGUACAUGCAAGCAAUGUCAUCAUUCUGAAAAAGUGGAUGUCCCUUUCAUCAAAACUUAAAAAUCACUUUAAACAGAACAUUCGUUAAACACAGUCAUUAACUUCUUCAGAGCAAUUAAUGGGCAUUAAAAUGUCAUUCAAACAUUUACUAAUUUGCACAAGUCGCCUCUGAAGCAACCUCCAUAAUCUCUUCAGGUACAUGACAAAAGUCUCAAUGGUGUGACGCACUAACACCUAGGCACAGCUGAUCCUUGGAACUCUGUAUUCUCUCACAUCACUGUGACAAGACAUGUCAUUUGAUGUCCACUAAUGGAGUACAAAGCCUCCCUGCCAAGAGCUGUCAAAUUAUGGCAUAUAACAGGCACUACAGUAGUAUCCACUGCACAAGUCUUUCAGUCUUGCACCUUUACCAUAUGUGUAGAUUGUUUAUAAACUUUAAACAAAUCAUCUUUUUAUAAUCCCUGAAGGAGAACAUCUCAAACCUCACUUUUUUUUCCCCCAGUAACAGAGUAUAAUGUGUGUCAACAUACGUGAUGCAAGUAAUUAUCUUUUAUAAAUCGUAACCGGUUAACUCUGCUUCAAAUGAGCGCUAUUUUUUUUUUUUUUUUUUUGUGAAUUUCACCAACCUGAGAACCACCUGUCUGACUUAGUUACUGGAUCACUAUUUUAGUUGGCUUGAGAACUGUGACUUGCGUUGCUUGACGUCCACUGCCUAAUUGGCUUAAAAACAUGUAACUGUCAUGGGUUUGGGGGCCUAAGUUACUCAUCUUCAUAUGGAAGUCCAUCCCCUUCCAUCCUAGGUCGUUUUGUGAGGGGUUCGUGGUGGGAGGCGGCCAUAACAACACCCUCUGCCUCCACUACCUCCUCUAUAUAUUCAGUAGUAUGGGGAGCAGCAGUCAUAGUGCCUACCAUCACUGCUGUUCCAGUGCUGGUACUACUGUUUCUCAUAUUUCCACUGGGACCUGUUAUAGUCUGCCCCGCUGUAGUAGUUGUACUCACACGUUUAACCUCUCCAUUUACCGUCACAUAUCCACCACUGAAACAAAUAAUGUGCUUAUGAACAAUUAAAAACUAACAAAAUUAAAUUAAGGUUUAUUAAUACACACAAACACACCUAAUACAGUGAUUUCCCAAAGUGGGCAACACCACCAACAAUGGGUGCUCAGAACACUGGGGGGGGGGGGGGGAGUAGAAGUGACACAGAACAUAUAUUUUUACAACUCAUCAUUCUACAGUGUAGUCUUGUAGUGUGAAUUCACUUUUAAUGUUUUUAGUGCCUUCAAUACUAACGAACUGCUUAUUAGUUAUUAUAAUAAUUAUAUAAAAAAAGAUAUUAUUUAUAAUAUUAAUUAACAUUACUAAUAAUAAAUAUUAUUAUUAACAAUAUUUAUAAAAUUGGAAAACAUAAUAAACUGUAGUAAACCAUAACAUGUACAUAUCACUAAUGCACACACACUGUAUAGGUGUAUGUCUUCAAUUCAAAUAGCUGUGUAAUACAGUACCUAGAUUUUACAUUAAAGCAAAUGUAUAUUUUAGGCAUUAUUUCUGGUAAGUGAAUGUUAAACAUUUUAAACAAUAUUUUAGUUUAUUAAUUUCAAGAUAAGAAAGGGGGGAUUACUAUGGAGUGUUACUUUAGCAACCAGUCUGCCUGUUAGUUCUCUGCACUGUUUUUAUCUUUUUUACAUGGAACUAACUCUUUUACUAUCAAUUCAAUUUACAUUAAUAAUUUCAAAACAAAUUGCAGAGGUAGAUAAAUCCAAAGAGAUAUUUCGACAAUAUAAUGAUGAAUCUCUGAAAUGUUGAUUUAUUAAGGCACAAGCAACCAACUUCUAUCAAUAUGCAUAAUAUGUAGGCAAAUUUUUCCAAUGAGGCAACAAAGCCUUCCAGAUUGAUAGAUCAUUUGAAGCACACUUUGACAAGGUCAAAAAGAAUUAAUAUAUAUUUUUUCCAUCCCUCAUGUUACAUUUUAAAAGUGCCCAACACUGUCACGCAUAUUUUCUAAUUCUUUGCUACAAAACACAGAUGGAACAUGUGAAUCAUACAAUAUUUCAUUGGUAAUUUCUAAGCCUGGAAAGUCGCACACAUUCAGUGGAAAACUACCAGUCAAUUCGUCUCGGCAAUAAUACAGUACAAGGAUGAACUGGCAAAGAAUGUGGAAAAUAUUUUGUGCAACAUACAUCUUUGUUACUUGUUUGUGCUCUUCAUUAAGGAUAAAAGUUUGACCAAAGAGUUAUUUGCAGGGCAACUAGAUACAGAUAGUCAGUGUUUCGUGUUGUUGAGCAGUUCUUCAAAAUAAGCAAAAUUCCACUUACUAGCAUACAUGCUUGUGCAACUGAUGCAGAAUAUUCAAUGAUUGGGUGCUAUCAUGGUUUGUUGCAUAUUUGAAAAAAGCUGUUACUAAUAUCGCUGGCAUUCAUUGCAUUAUUCACCAACAUCUGAUUGCAAAAAAAAAAAAUCUUAAAAGAAUUAUCUGCACAGCUCAUUACUGCAGUUAAAACAUUAAGGCCGAUGCUCUCAAUGAUCAACUAUUCCAGAAGCUUUGUUAAAAUAAUAAUGAUUUUGGCUUUGCUUGGCUGUCAAAAGGAUCCAUUUAAGACACCUAUGUAAUUUUUGGCAUUAUAAUCGGGUUUUUUUUAAAUGACUUUUUUUUUUAAAUGUUUUUUUUAUAAUUCCCAAUGACUAAUUAGGUAUAACAUUGCCUAUAUAUCAGACCUAUUUGCUAAGUUCGGUGAAGUAAAUAUGCAGCUGCAGGGAAACGAGAUCAAUCUUUUUAAGGCUUAAGAUAGUUCUUUCUUCAUUUAUUAAAAAAAUUACAACAUUUAAAUGCAAUUGAGGCCAUUUUAAGAUUUACCAAUUUCCUAACUGAUCAGAACUAGAAAAGGUAAAUGGGAUACACAACAAUGAUUUGCAUGUUGUGACCAUAUAAAUAUGUCACAUUAAGAAAUUGUUUGAGAUUUGAGUGUCUUCUCUUGUUGGAUAUUCCAAAUUGCAUCAUAAGUUCAAUUAAAACUCAUACCAAGAAUCUUGGUUAUAGAGGGAAAUUUCUGUUUGCUAUCUGCUUUAUCAUAAUUGGUGGAAUGCAGUUUUAGUGGCGUCCAACUUCUCUCAAAGCAACAAAAUUACUUCACAUUACUGAAUGGGUGAUUUAAAACUCAUGCCAGAUAACAUGAAACCUGACAUUGGAAAACAAAUACCAAAUUAUUAAGCUCAUCUAUCACUUUUAACAGUGCUGACUAGACAGGGAUUUAAGUCUGCAGUAUCUUUGACUAACAUAUUUAUUUUUACCACUUAGUUGCCUUUCAGACUGUGAAUCUGGUGUAUUGGAUUUUGAAAUAAUGUGCAAGUAUAUUAACAUUACCAUUAUAAA